AUGAAUGCCUCUGGGAUUGUGAGGGCGAUGAGCUUCUUAUGGAGGCGAUGCAAGUUCGACUUCCCUAGAGACUUGAAAGGCUACGGCCGCCACCCACCAAACCCCCAAUGGCCCAAUAACGCCAAAAUCGCCGUCUCGUUCGUGAUAAACUACGAAGAAGGCGCCGAACGCACCGUCCUCAACGGCGACGCCACCUCCGAAUCCUCGCUCUGGGAACAAACCGACCGACCCGGCCGGCCGGGCGAACGAGCGUUCAACUCGGAGAGUGAUUACGAGUAUGGCUCGCGCGUGGGGAUCUGGCGGAUACUGGAUACGUUUGAAGCGCAUCGGAUGCCGGUGACGGUUUAUGCGGUCGGUCAGGCGCUGGAGAUGAACCCGGAGGUUGUGCCGGCGUUUCGGGAGGGUGGGCAUGAGAUUGCUAGUCAUGCUUAUCGGUGGAUUGAUUAUCAUGCCAUGGAUGAGAAGUUGGAGAAGGAGUAUAUUCUGCGGCAGUUGAAGUGUCUCAAGGAGGUUACGGGCGAGUAUCCGGUUGGAUGGUACUAUGGUCGACUCAGUCCUAGAUCGAAAGCGCUGGUCUGGGAGGCAUACAAGCAGCUGGGUAUUCCUCUACUGUGGGAGAGCGAUAGCUAUUGCGACGACCUCCCAUAUUGGGUCGACGUACCCGCCGAGAAGGACGUCGAGAGUCCGGAGGGGAUGUUGAUGGUGCCGUAUUCCUACGACUGCAACGACCUGAAGUACCACUCGACGACAGGAGCCUUCUCGCCACACGCAUUCUUCGAACACUUGGCGGCAGCUUUCGACACUCUCUAUGCCGAAGGCCUGGCUGGGAAGCCCAAGAUGAUGACUGUUGGGCUUCACUGCAGGAUCACUGGCAAGCCCGCGAGGGCGAUGGCGUUGAAGCGGUUCGUUGAAUACGUCGCUUCGAAACCAGACGUUUGGGUAACGACCAGGAAGGACAUCGCGGCGCACUGGCGAGGGAAGUAUCCAUACCAUAAAGGUCACCUCUGA